AUGGUGUCACCUAUGGCGCAGACACAGGUUAUGUCACCAAGGAAGAAAAUGACAAAACAAUUGACAGGAAAAAGGGAUGAUACACAUUUGCAUUCUGCAGCAAGAGCAGGGAAUUUAGAAGUUGUGAGAGAAACCCUUCAAGGUUCUGAAGGAGAUGAGUUGGUUGAAUUAUUGGCUAGGCAGAAUCAAGAUGGUGAAACGGCUCUUUAUGUUGCUGCUGAAUAUGGUUAUGUUGAUGUUGUUAGGGAAAUGAUUCAAUAUUAUGAUCUUGCUGAGGCUGGAAUUAAAGCAAGAAAUGGUUUUGAUGCAUUUCAUAUUGCUGCUAAACAAGGAGAUAUAGAUAUAUUGAAGAUCCUAAUGGAAGUUCAUCCAGAAUUGUCAAUGACAGUGGAUCCAUCAAACACAACAGCUUUGCACACAGCCGCGGCACAAGGACAUAUUGAAAUAGUACAAUUUCUAUUGGAAGCAGGAAGUAGCUUAGCAACCAUUGCUAAAAGUAACGGUAAAACCGCUCUUCAUUCGGCCGCGAGAAAUGGACAUUUAGAGGUUUUAAAAGCAUUUCUUGGGAAAGAGCCUAGUCUUGCAAUAAGAAUUGAUAAAAAGGGACAAACAGCACUUCACAUGGCUGUUAAGGGACAAAAUCUCGAGGUAGUGGAAGAGUUGAUAAAAGCCGAUCCAUCAUCGAUAAACAUGGUUGAUACUAAAGGAAACACAGCUUUGCAUAUAGCAACCAGGAAAGCCAGGACUCAGAUUGUAAAGAUGCUUUUAGGACAGAAGGAAACAGAUACAAGUGCUGUUAAUAGAUCAGGCGAAACCGCGGUAGACACUGCUGAGAAAAUAGGGAACCAAGAUGUUAAAAACAUUCUAUCAGAACACGGUGUUCAAAGUGCGAAAACUAUAAAACCACAAGGAACAGGUACAACAGCUCGCGAGUUAAAACAAACCGUAAGCGACAUAAAGAACGAGGUACAUUACCAACUAGAGCACACUCGACAAACACGAAAGCGCGUCCAAGGAAUCGCGAAACGGAUCAACAAAAUGCAUACGGAAGGACUCGACAAUGCAAUAAACUCAACAACUGUCGUUGCAGUACUAAUAGCAACGGUUGCAUUUGCCGCGAUUUUCACUGUCCCGGGUCAAUUUGUCGAUGAUCCGAGCAAUAUUCCACAAGGGAUGACGCUUGGCGAAGCGAAUAUAGCGCCAGAAGCACCGUUUAUAAUAUUUUUCGUGUUUGAUUCAAUCGCGCUCUUCAUUUCCUUGGCCGUUGUGAUUGUUCAAACCUCGGUCGUUGUUAUAGAAAGCAAAGCCAAGAAACAAAUGAUGGCUAUUAUUAAUAAGCUAAUGUGGUUGGCUUGUGUGCUUAUUUCUGUGGCAUUUUUGGCAUUGUCAUUUGUUGUGGUUGGAAAAGAAGAAAUGUGGUUGGCAAUUUGUGUUACCAUUAUAGGGACAACUAUAAUGGCUACAACAUUGGGAACUAUGUGUUAUUGGGUGAUUAGGCAUAGAAUUGAGACCAAAAAUUUGAGGAACAUGAGGAAAUCUUCAUUGGAGAGCAGUGCAAAGUCAUUCUCUGUGACUGCUUUAUCAGAUUCUGAGUUGAUAAACAAUGAAUUUAAGAAAAUGUAUGCUAUUUAG